CCCCUCCAUUCUAACAUCAAGCUAUCAGGCGCGAAUGGCCAGAAGAGGGCUCCGGCUGCGCGACCUCGUCCAGUAUGGCUGCAUCUUACUUCAGACCACGUCGGCCAUCCCGGAGAUCGCUUUCCCUUUCAACGCCCAGGUGCCGACGGUAGCGCGCGUCGGCCAAGACUACUCCUUCCAAUUCUCCUCCUCGACCUUCUCCGGCGACUCGUCGAACUUGACGUACAGCCUUUCGAGCCAAUCGUCAUGGCUCUCCCUCGACGGCGCGACUCGUACGCUGUCCGGUGUGCCGACUCAGCAAAAUGUCGGCGCCACCACUUUUACCCUCACGGCAGCAGACACAACAGGCGCCGCACAAAUGCCCUGCACCCUCGUUGUCUCCUCCGACCCAGCACCACAGAUCGGCGGCGAUAUCAGCAAAGAACUCUCCCGAACAGCGAACCUGUCUAGCGCAGACCCUCCAGUCGUCACCCUGCUGCCCUCCACGCCUAUCGAUUUCCAAUUCGCGCAGAGCUCGUUCAUCGAUAUCGUGAAGCGGAAACUCUACUACUACGCCACGUUGACGAACCAUACUCCCUUGCCGUCAUGGCUGCUCUUCGAUUCGCAGACGCUCACUUUCUCUGGCACUGUUCCGGACUUGAGUGCCUUUCCACAAUCGUGGGGCAUUGAGUUGAUUGUGUCGGAUGUUGCGGGCUUCGCGGGGGCGAGUGUGUCAUUCACAAUCGCCAUCGCUACCGAGCAGCUGGUGUUUGUGCCUGCGCAACAGACGGUGACAGUCAAGCCCGGCUCGGCGGUCAAUCUCACCGACCUGCAGAACAGCCUGUUCAGGAACGGACAGACACUGCUCGCCGGCGAGAUUGAAAUCGCUGAAGCUACAGUACCUCCGUGGUUGACGUUCGACGCGAAGACAUUAGCGAUCAGUGGUACUGCGCCAGCAAACGUUCAAGAUGCGAAUGCAACGGUCGUGGUGAGGGACAAACUGGGCGAUCGUGCCACGGCUUUGAUACUAUUCACCACUGCCAAUAGCAGUGCCUCGAGCAGUAUAGGCAUCCUGGUGGCGCACUCCGGCCAAACGUUCGACUAUCAUCUUCCGGACGGCUUGUUCGAUGCCCAGGAUGAGCAGCUCGUCUUGACUCUCCCUCCAUCCGCCAGCUGGCUGCAUUUCGAUGCCGAUGCUCGCGAGCUGAGUGGCAAAGUCCCGGUUCAGACGACCUCGUCUUCCAUCCACGCCACGCUGGCUGCCAGAGCUGCUCCAGCUGCAUCAACACAACCACAAGCACAAACGUUUGUGAUUGAUAUUAUGCCAUUUGCUUCUUCUACAAUAACGCAAUCAUCCAGUGCAACUAGCACUCAUGCUGGUGCAGGUCAUGCGACAAACCACACCGCUGCACGCAACCAUUUGAGCAGCGGCAUCGUCGCGGCCGUCAUUUUGGGCCUCUUGCUCGCAGCUGCUCUGUUAGCAGCAUGUCUCUACCUCAUUCGAAGGCGCAAAAAGCGCAGAGAUGAAGCGGACCCCGACAGUCCGGAGAAGCGCGCCAUUUCCCGUCCACUACCUUCCACGGAUGCAGGCGGUAUUAUCGUUGCGACGGAGAUACAUCGAGAUGUGGAAAAGAUAGGAGACGGAGGAGAUGGCGGAGGUGGCGAGGAGACCGCCGGCGACCCGCCACCUCAGAUCGCGCUGGACUUACCGUCGAACGACCGGAGUCGCGGAUUCAAGUGGAGCAAACGCUUCUCGCGCAUCAGCCAGGUAUCUUCGCUCGGCCAAGGCGAAGACGCCAUCCGCGCCGACUCCAACAUCCCCGUUUGGGGCCGCGGAUCAGCUGCGCUGCACAAUACGCCGCAUGACAGCUUCUCUGUACCAAUGGAGAUUGCGAGGCGCUCGAAACAGCCUGCUGAGCAGCAACCCUCGCCGACCAAGCGCGCUCUGAGGCGGUUUCGAGGGAAGAGGAGGCAGGCGACUACGCAGAGUUUGGGGUUGGGGAUCAAUACGGGCCCGGCGGAUUUCUUGCCUCGUCAUUCCUCUCUUCAUGCCAGGAAUCAUUUGCGGGGUGCGAGUAGUUCGCGAGCAUCCGGAUUGGAUGACGGAAGCAGCAUGGCUUCGCUCAGCACAAGAGGGACAAGCGUGCUCUCUACGCGGCCCUCGGACUUCCCACGUCCGCCUACACGCACGAGAUAUGACGGAAUCUCCAGAAGCGGACAGCCUUCGAUCGAUGCCAUGAAUCGCAAGAGCAUACGGUUGGUAGAGCGCAGCGACAGCACAACCGACGAGCGCUCAAUGGAGGAGAAGCGCCGGUCUUACAUUCGCAAUCGCGCGAGUACAACCUUUGCCAGUCCGCUUUUCGCUCACAGACCGAUCUCAUGGACCUCGCGACCGAAAAGUCGAGGCUCGACUGCUAUGCUGCAGCGGUCAAUGCGGGGCAACAGUACGGCUUUGACGACGUGCUCGGAGUCUUCGUCCGUGGGAGAGCCCGCGAUUCGUGGGGAGCGGAAAAGAAUGAGCCAGCGGUUUCGCGCGGCGUUUCCGCCAAAUUUCCCUCGGGCUGUGACGGAAUCUACGAUCGGAGCUGCGGACGACCAGUCCGGGCCCGUGGGGCGUCGUAAUGUCGGGGACACAAGCUCAUUCUACACCACCGACGAGGAAAUCAGCGAUGACGAUUUCCUGGCGGAAAUGGCCAAGCCACGGCAUGAGAGGACUUGGGUUGUGCCGGGCGAGGCAUCGCCUACCCCUCCGCCUUGUCCUCCGACUUCGCGACAGGCGUCAUCGAGUACUAGGCAAAGUACGCCGCCGUCGGCUGCUAUAAUUCAUCGUCAACGAAUUGUGCGACCGAAAUGGAAAGACUCAAACGUCGCGACGAGUGCAAUCCAAGGCGGUAAAGCUCCUCUUGCACGCCGCUCGCGCCUUACCGGUCCCAUGAGCCUGCUCAGCAACGAUAGUCUCAAUCGCGCGACAUCGAAGAAGACUGCAGAGGGCGAGCAGAAGCAGAAGAAGGGCGCGCCUCGUCUGGUGCAGGCAUCUUUGCAGAAGCGGCGUAUAAGCGUGGAGCGACCACAGCGAUGGAGCAGUUUCCAAGCGGAGACAAUGGAGGGGGCGCAGACGAGGCCCGGAAGUGAGAUGUUUGAAGCGCUGGAGGAGGCCGGGCUGAUGAUGCCACCUCCGCCACUAACGCCGAGUGGGAGCGGCGGUGUCGGCUCGCAGAAGUCGGGAUAUAGCGGCCCAGCGUUUCUGUAAUGUGGUGGGAGAGAUGAUGGAAGCAAGUGAGGUUGAUUUGAAUAAGAAGCUUACUCGUCUUAGCCGGCGGGAGGAAGCGCGAGCUAAUGCAGCGGAGCGCGCGCUGGACAACGUGCAUCUUCCGCCGCCUGUCAUUCGCUCUGCGCUUUCUGCUGCCGCGACUUUGGCGAAAAGCGACUGCACAUGCGACUGCCGGGGCCCUGUUUCUUCGCCCUUCCCUGCUUUUUCGCUGCCCUUCGCUGCCCCUCGUCAGAUUGAUGGGUUCCUGAUUUAGCGGGUGCUUUUCACUGCUGUCUUAUCGAUAACCC